AUGCAACUCAUUACCGCUGUCAUUCUUCUCCCUGCCCUGGCUCUAGCCAACCCUGUGGCGCAACGCCAGGCUAAAGGCCCACCAGCUGAAGAAAUCAAGAUCAUCAGUGCUCAGUCUUCUGGCAAUGGUUGCCCACAAGGCUCUGUCUCCAGUACCAUCUCCCCAGAUCGUACCGUUGUGACGUUUGGAUUCGAUGCUUUCCAAACUUACAUUGGCCCAACCGCCGCCCAAGCAGACAAGACCAAGCAGUGCCAGAUCCAUCUCAGUCUGCAGUACCCAGGUGGAUUCCAGUACUCUGUUGUCGACGCGACUUACCACGGAUGGGCUCGUCUCGAUGCUGGCGUGACAGGGACAUUCGUCUCCUCGUACUUCUUCUCGCAAGCUGCUUCUCAGACCUGCACGACACGAUCCACGAUUUCGGGCGCACAGUGGGUCAAUGGUGAUGUUUAUACUAAGCAAGAUCUCAUCGAGUCAACUGCCAUCAUCUGGUCUCCUUGCGGCGCAAAUGGCAUCCUUAACGUCAAUAACCGUAUUGCUCUGUCAUCCACAAACGCUAAGCAGACCGGCGAGCUGUCGAACGAUGACGCUACCGUCUCUUUCACUCAUCAAUUGCACGUCGCAUGGCAGCCUUGUGUCAUGCCAACCAAGGGCAGUGGUGGCGAGUGGACAAUUGGAGGGGGUACCACAGCUAUCGUUGAGGAGUAA